AUGAACUCACGUUUCGUAAAUUGGGUACGUUUUUGGAAGGACAGUGAAUACGCGCGGCAUUAUGAGAAAGCUAAAAAUUCCGGUCGCAACACGAAAAAUGCGCACGACAGUAUCGCUCCGAACGAGCAAGGUGAUGUGAGCAAUUGUACUGAUACUAAUAUGCAUAGUGGUGCAACAGACAGCAUGAACAACGAAAACGAUGAAAUUUCUCGCGCGAGCGCAGAUUUCAACGGCGACAAGAGCUAUGUAAACAACGAAACUACUCGCUUUAACGCGAGUGCAGAUUUCAGCGGAAACAAGAGCGAAGAUUUCAGCGGCGACAAAAGCGCAGAUCUCAAUGGCGACAAGAGAACAGAUUUCAACGGCGACAUGAGCACAGAUCUCAGCGGCGACGAGAGCUACGUAAGUGACGAAACUUCCCGCAUGGACGCGAGCGUAGAUUUCAACGGUGACAAGAGCCGUGUAAACAACGAAAUUUCCCGCAUGGACGCGAGCGUAGGUUUCAACGGAGACAAGAGCGAAGAUUUCAACGGCGACAAGAACCGUGUAAACAACGAAACUUCCCGCAUGGACGCGAGCGUAGAUUUCAGCGGCGACAAGAGCGAAGAUUUCAACGGCGACAAGAGCCAUGUAACCGACGAAACUGCUCGCAUUGACGCGAGUGCAGAUUUCAGCGGAGACAAGAACGAAGACUUCAGCGGCGACAAGAGCUAUGUAAACGACGAAAGUGCUCGCUUUAACGCGAGUGCAGAUUUCAGCGGAGACAAGAGAGAAGAUUUCGGCGGCGAUAAGAGCUAUGUAAACGACGAAACUGCUCGCAUUGACGCGAGUGCAGAUUUAAGCGGAAACAAGAGCGAAGAUUUCAGCGGCGAUAAGAGCUAUGUAAACGACGAAACUGCUCGCAUUGACGCAAAUGCGGAUUUCAGUGGAGACAAGAGCGAAGAUUUCAGCGGCAACAAAAGCGCAGAUUUCAGCGGCGACAAAAGCCAUGUAAAUGACGAAACCGCUCGCAUUGACGCGAGUGCAGAUUUCGGCGGAGACAAGAGCAAAGAUUUCAGCGGCGACAAGAGCUAUGUAAACGACGAAACUGCUCGCAUUGACGCGAGUGCAGAUUUCAACGGAGACAAGAGCGAAGAUUUCAGCGGCGACAAGAGCUAUGUAAACGACGAAACUGCUCGCUUUGACGAAAAUGCGAAUUUCAGCAGAAACAAGAGCGAAGAUUUCAGCGGCGAUAAGAGCUAUGUAAACGACGAAACUGCUCACAUUAACGCAAAUACGGAUUUCAGCGGAAACAAGAGCGAAGAUUUCAGCAGCGACAAGAGCUAUGUAAACGACGAAACUGCUCGCAUUGACGCAAAUACGGAUUUCAGCGGAAACAAGAGCGAAGAUUUCAGCGGCGACAAGAGCUAUGUAAACGACGAAACUGCUCGCAUUGACGCGAGUGCAGAUUUCAGCGGAGACAAAAGCGAAGAUUUCAGCGGCGACAAGAGCUAUGUAAACGACGAAACUGCUCGCUUUGACGCGAGUGCAGAUUUCAGCAGAAACAAGAGCGAAGAUUUCAGCGGCGACAAGAGCUAUGUAAACGACGAAACUGCUCGCAUUGACGCGAGUGCAGAUUUCAGCGGAGACAAAAGCGAAGAUUUCAGCGGCGACAAGAGCUAUGUAAACGACGAAACUGCUCGCUUUGACGAAAAUGCGAAUUUCAGCAGAAACAAGAGCGAAGAUUUCAGCGGCGACAAGAGCUAUGUAAAUGACGAAACUGCUCGCUUUGACGAAAAUGCGAAUUUCAGCAGAAACAAGAGCGAAGAUUUCAGCGGCGACAAGAGCUAUGUAAACGACGAAACUGCUCGCAUUGACGCGAGUGCAGAUUUCAACGGAGACAAGAGCGAAGAUUUCAGCGGCGGCAAGAGUGCAGAUUUCAACAGCGACAUGAGCACAGAUCUCGGCGACGAUAAGAGCUAUGUAAAUAACGAAACUCCUCGCAUCGAUACAAGCGCAGAUUUCAGCGGCGGCAAGAGCGCAGAUCUCAAUGGCGACAUGAGCGCAGAUCUCAGCGACGAUAAGGGCUAUGUAAAUAACGAAACUCCUCGCAUUGAUGCGCAUUGA